GAAUAAUUUAAUUCCUAUGAUGGAUUCUCAGAAAUGGCUCCACUUGAAGCUAUUAUUUGGCAUGAUGGUCAACUUAGAAUCAUAGAUCAGCUGUUAUUACCAUUCAAGACUGUAUACAUUGACAUCAAAUCUGUUCAAGAAGGAUGGGAUGCCAUCCAAAAGAUGCAGGUAAGAGGAGCACCUGCCAUAGCCAUUGUUGGAUGUUUGAGCAUUGCUGCUGAACUUGCAAAAGAAUCGAGCAUCUUCAAUGACUGCACGAGUCUCCACACAUUUGUGUGUGACAGCCUUGCUCAUCUCAUCACUGCUCGGCCAACAGCUGUUAACAUGAAGGCAGAGGCGCUCAGACUUACUGAGUACUCUUGCUCUUUGUUGACAACCUCUCAGUCUGUUACUGAAAUGAUGAAUAGUAUAUUGGCGUGGUGUGAGAAUCUCCUAAAAAUGGAUUUGGCAACAAACAAGACCUUGGGUGACUGGGGCAUGCAAAAGAUCUUGCAACUGAGCAAGAAAGAUGGUGAGGAUGGCUUCUCACUCAUCACCAUCUGUAACACGGGGUCGCUAGCCACAGCUGGCUAUGGCACUGCACUUGGUGUUGUUCGUAGCCUUCAUGCCAUCAAGAAACUCAAAGGAUUAUACAUGCUGGAGACGCGGCCGUAUAUGCAAGGGUCUCGCCUCUCUGCUUAUGAGGCCGUUGUUGAGGGCUGGCCCAAUGCAACCCUAAUAUGCGAUGGUGCUGUGGGAGCGCUUCUGUCCUCGUCUCAAGUGGACGCGGCGGUCGUCGGCGCGGACUGCGUGGCGGCAAACGGAGACACCGCCAACAAGAUCGGCACUUACCAGCUGGCUGUGUUGUGCGCUGCUCAUCACGUGAAGUUCUUCGUGUGUGCACCAACGUCUUCCAUCAACCUGAAGCUGUCGUCUGGUGCUGGCAUCCCCAUAGAGCACAGACCUGCGCUAGAGAUGACUUCUGUUGCAGGAGUGCCCGUCGCCGCCCCUGGAAUUGCGUGCUGGAACCCCGCGUUUGACGUCACCCCAGCACGCCUCAUCACAGGGAUCAUCACCGAGUACGGCGUCUUCACCCCUGAGAAGCUCGAAGAAGAGAUUAGUUCCAGGAUUUGAAUUUUGAUCUUGGGAGACUGGUUUCACUAGUUGAUUUGAGGAUUUAACAAGCUCAUCUUCCGAAUAUGGCAGAUUUCAAUGUGGCUGCUGUCGGAGAAAGUAUCAGGGAAGAUUUAUUCCACUUAAUUCGUCGUGCCUUUUUUGUGUUUAAUCAUCACUAUAUCAUAUUUACUUUAGGGUGUUGGUCAGUUUUUUUUUUUUUUUUUUUAGCUUCACACUUUCAUUUUAUUAAUGUGCGUUCACGAAAUACCUGCCGUUACGCGAUAAUACUUGAAGAUAAGUCAUCAAAUUUAAUAAACAAUUGAUAGUUACAAGAAUUGAAAUGAAAUGUUUGUCAUUACGUUGAGGCUAAUUUGAAUUGUAAGCACUUCAAAAAUAAGAAUUGUUCCAAAAAAACUUUCAACUUGAAAUAAUUUUUUAGAAAUACAUAUUGAGGUUGCA